AUGCAACGCACUCUUCGUCUUAACAGGAUCGGCUUACGUGUCUACACGAACAGUGGCGCCGGAACCACGGAACUUUCGGAGUUUAAGACAGCCCCUGUUCCAGUCAAUAUCGGUCUUGUUGUUUGCAUCAUCGUUAUCUGUCUCGUCAUCCUCGUAGCCAUCGCUAUGGCUGUUCACUUUUUCAUGCGCAACAAAGGCUCGAACGCGAAGAGGUAA